AUGGUCCGCUUGAUUGAGAGGACGCUAAGAGGUACGCAGGGGCGGGGAAUGCCAGGAAAGCAGGAAAUGCUAAUGGUAAUGAUGGGCGGUAAUGAUGUUGUUCGCGAUAUUGGUAAAAUCACAAUAGCAAUUACAAUCAAACGAGCAGAUUUUGCAGGGGUAUUACCAAAUCAGGAGAGAAGAAGACAUUCGUAUAAAUUUGCUAAUGCUGAAAGAAGAAUUCAAUUCUUGAAAUUGUCUACUUGUUGA